AUGACUGCAAUUCGUGACAACUUGUGUGAACUUGGUAGAAUGGAGAUACCUCGACCAAAAUGUCAAGGUAUGCAAUUCGUGGCCACUCGAGGAAGACAAGGAUUCUAUAGAGUACGUUUGAUUUGUCUCUUUCUUGAAAAAAACCAUCAAAAUCAAUCGAUUUUCAGACCAUUCGUGAGAAUGGCGCCAAAUAUGGAAUCCAACUUAAGCCACAAGGACCAAAACGUCCACAAUUGAGCUCGGAGCUUUUCAGUGGCUCAAUGUUUCGACCAGCAACGGUUCCAGAAGAGAUUUCUGAAGAAAUUGAACAAGAACCAUCUCCACCACUUCCAAAACCUCAACAAUACCCAAUCGAACAAAACAACAAUAACUACAAGGUAAUUUUAUCUUGAAUUGGUUUCAAAAAAAGAGAAAUUUAUUUUUAUAGAACUACAAUACUGCUUCACGACUUCCACCACAACCUCAACGUCAAAGAACCGGAGGAAUCACCAAUUCGCUUAUAAAUCGCCCUCAAAAAUAA